GAAUUCCCAUUUCGUUAGUUUUGCAAACCCCAGCGACCCAGUCAGAUUUCAGAAAGGUGAGUACUGAGUAGGAAGCUUACAGCACACCUGCAUCGUUACCUUCAGCGCAAGGUGACUCUCUCCGGUGAGAUAUCUCUCGUUUCCGGCAAGGAAAUAUUGGGCUCAGCAUGUAAUGCCUGUGAAGAAAGUAAAAUGAAACCAGGAGCACAUGGGAUUUCUAGAGCUCAGAAGUCAAAAAAAUUUCAAGGAGAAGGGCCAAAUUGGGUUCUUGUUGCAGGAGGUGCAUUGUUGAGUACUUUAUCAAUUCAGCUUGGAUACAAACUCAAGCAAGCUCUUGAUACAAAGAGACUGAAUAAUGCUAGUAACAGAUUGAAAGGAAAUGCAGACUCUGUUGACAAGAGGACACUGGGGGUUUGCACAUCAAACUCAAAUCUAUAUUCUUUUCCACAAGAUGAAGAUAGCUUUCACAAAUGUUGUUCAGGGUUUUCUAGUGGCAUGAUGGAGAUUAAGCAUCAAUCCACCGCCUCUACCUUGAAAGAACCUAAUCUGACACUGCCUUUGGUAACAAUUCCAUAUCUGGAAUCUAACAAAGAAAAUGGUGUGAUGUGGGCAUCUUCUUCUCCCAAUUGCCUUGAGAUGCCUCCAAAGCCAUUCCAUCACUCAAAUAGUUCAGAAUCUCCCUGUGUGUCAGAAUCUGGUUCUGACAUCAUCACCAAGCAGGAAGUGAUAAACAAACUAAAGCAACAGUUGAAAAGAAGAGACGAGUUGAUCCUAGAAAUGCAAGACCAGAUUACAGCAUUGCAAAAUGUGCUCAAUGGUCAGCUGACUCAUUCUGCCCAUUUGCAGUCACAUCUUGAAGCUGCAAAUAGUGAACUCUUUGAAUCAGAGAGAGAGAUCCAGAGGCUGAGGAAGGCCAUAGCAGAUCACUGUGUAGGAGAGAUGGGUACUUGCGAGAAGCCCAUGGCAGUUGGGAACUGCGCUGAAGAACAGGAUGGGCAUACAAAUGGCUUUAUUGGAGGUGAGAAUUAUCUGGCGGUGAUGGACAAAAGGAAAGGAGGUGGUGAUAGGAUUGAGAUACUGAAGAAAGAAGUGGCAGAGCUAAAGGAAGUAAUUGAAGGGAAGGAAUACUUGCUUCAGAGCUACAAGGAGCAGAAAACAGAGCUCUCCUCAAAGGUUCAAGAACUGCAGGAGAAAUUGGCUUCUCGGGUACCAAGUAUUUUGUAGAUGCUGCCUCAAUAUUGUGUAUUCUUGUGGUUUUUUGUCACAUCGGGAGUGAACAUUCUUUCUCCUUUCUUCAAUAGGGUUCACAUGUUUCUGCUGACUUUGCUUUAGUUUUAGUAGUUCCUAUCUUUGGCUAAAGGCGUUAUUGCUUCCUCUAACGCUACUAACAGCUUGUAUUUGGCUUCUUGUAUGUCUCAAGGUCAAGGCUAUGCGGCAUGGAUUGCCAAAGGACAUUUUGGUUGUGAUAUAAUAUAAGGCUGUAUAUAUUUCCUGCU